GCCUCUCGUAGGCUGGCUGGAAAGGCGGCCAAGUGCCCCCCCCCAUAAUGCCGCCAGAGGCUCUUCUCACAACUUUGCAAGGGGGGGAGGUUGUUUGCUCCCCUCCUUCGCAGCAUAGUGUCCCAGGCCACCUCCCCUCCCCGCCCUGGGUGUUUCCGACGCCACAGAGAGCGUCGCCUGAAAUGUUGUUACACAAGGCGCCGGAGCCUUAUGCAAGGAGAGCGAGGAAGAGACGGAAGGUGCCGCCGGCAGACAGAAAGGCAGGAGGCGAGGCGAGAGCGAAGGGGAAUAUGGGUAGAGGGGAUGCGGCGGGGGGAUUUGAAAGGGCAACGGGAGAGGGGGGGGGAGAUUGCGAAGGUUGCGCUUUGGUUUCUGCUUUAGGGAAGCUGCGCCUUAAAAAAUAAAAACAAUACUAGGCGCAGCUUCUUGCAAUACAUUUCCAUACUGGGGAAAAUGUUUGCACCAGUUGAUCUUCUGCAUACUCCGUUGAAUACAAAGGGACCGGCUCCGAGGGAAGAGAUGUGCAGGCGCACAUGCAAUAUGUGGAAGGGAAGCUCUAACGUCGUUCCUUUUCUCCACCCAGGAUGCUGAAGACUAUAAAACAAGCCCUCUUCUCUACUGGGCUGGAGAUGCCCAAAUGGACAGCACUGCCAAACCAGGUGACCAGCGUUUAUGGUUGUUGUUUUUAAUGACUGGAAGGUGACUUUCUGCUUAAUCCUUGAUCACGUCCAGUAAGUGGAAGGGGAAGAGAUUUGUACACAUGCAUACACACGUCCCUGAGCGGAGUCCUAAACACAAAUUGCUUGACUAAAUAUGUGAUCGAGUGGGCAACACCUAAGCAGGGGUUCAUUAGGUAUGAGAGUUCCCUAUUACAGCUGGAAAUAUCACUUUUGCCAAAAAGUCUAAAUUUUGGGUUCAGCAAGACUUCACUGGAAGAUGCAAGAACUAAUGCAAGUAUCCCAGGGAAAAUAACAUGAAAACAUCCAACAGGCAUAAUUUAAUAUAGCAUUGCCCCCUCCCCUGGGUAUUAUCCUAAGCCCCUCUGUUGACUCCACAUUUUGUCUAUGUAUUGACAAAUGUAGUAGGUGGAUGUAAAGGGUUUUUUAAUGCACAAGGAGUGCUUUGAAAGCAAAGUUAUGAGGUACUGUGGUUGAGUAAUGCAACAGUGUAAAUGAGCUUGAUUAACCUAGUAUUAUUUUUGAAAAUACCGUCAGAUUGCUAUUUAAAUCUAUGUCAUUGAUUAAGGAAAACCUUGCAUUACUGAGAGAACCUGGUUUGAACUCUGUUAACAUGGCUUCAUACUGCAGUCAUUUCUGAAGAUUUAAAUGUUAGGAAAUUGUUCAUCUCAUUCCAGAAAAUAUGUCUUGAACACCAUGCAUUUUUUCUUGGUAAAAAUAAAUAUUUACAAAUUUACAACUAACACAUCUUUAAAAUGUUAAAUGUUGCAGGUUUAAAAGUUCUUAACAUGUUUACUCAUCAGUGGCUGAAGGAAAUAUAUGUGUUCAGAAACAAAUUUUAAUGCUGAUCUCUUCUAGGACAAAAGAUUGUAGAAGUGAACUUUGGCUUAUAAUCCUUCUAACUGUGUGGUCUUCAGCCUUUGAAGGUUGAAAACAGUGGGCUAGGAAAGCAAGGAGGGAGAAAUGCAUGCUAAGGUGCUGUGAGAGGAAAGCUAGCCAGAUAUUGGGAUCCUGUUCUCAAGUGGAUCAUCCGAUUGUGUAUUGCAACAUUGGUGCUCAAUUCCCACAAACACUUCCUUAUUGCCAAAGUAAACAGCAAGCUCAUGUAACAUUUCUCCCAACUUUUUUUUAAAAAAGAAGAUCGGCUGGGGUUGGGGAGGGGAAGACCGCUGGGGUGAAGAACAACGUAACCCUCUUCCCUCUGCAGGGGCCUUGCUGUGCAUUUAAAAGAUCUGAGAACACAAUGCAGUAGCUCCCCACCCUCUCUAUUCAUGAGAAAUGGGGUCGUGUGGUGGUGGUGGUGGGGAGCUGAAUGUUCAGAAAUAUUCAGCUGGCACCUGCUCUUGUUUUUUAGGUGCUUUCAUGGGAUUUUCCAAAUUACCAUGUUGCUUCUGCUAUUUCUUUCACUGGGCGGUGUGGCUGGAUGAAUUUUAAUUUAAGUUUUUAUUUGAUCAUUGUUAGUGGUUUUAUAAACCGCCUCAAAGACUCAGUCCCGAAAAGGCAGAGUGCCUAUACUUCAAACAAAUUUUAGACCAGGGUUCAAAUCCCCACUCACCCCAUGAAGCUCACUGGGUGACCUUGGUUCAGUCACUGCCUCUCGGCCUAACCUCCCUCACAGGACUGUUGUGGGAAGUAAUUAAAGAGCAGGGGAAACCUUGGGGGGAAAUGUGGGAUAUAAGUAAGUAAAUAUUCUCCAGGAUUUGUCAUUGGUCCCUUGAAGACAUACCAGGAGGGCAACUGUUGCAUUAAGGGAGCCCCAACUGUUAAGGGGCAGCUGGGUCUCCUCCAGGCUCCCCGAUUACUGCUUCCCUUUUUCUUCAAACCAUUGACUGCCAUGCAAAACUUCCAGUGGCAACCCAAACAGUCCAGCAGAUUGUGGUCUUCCAACAAGAUGGAUGAAGAAAAAACUCUGUGGCACAUUUAUUCCUCCUCCUCCUGCCCAAAUACACUUAAGGACUGAACCUGGCCUUACCAUGUGAUACUGCAGCAGAAACGUCUUCAAAUACUUACAAAGUUCUUCAGCAGCUGUGCUGGUGGGCCCAGUGCUUUCCUUUAUAGUGCUGGGGGUGAAGCGUUUGCAGUCACUGUUGCCGCCACCAUCUUCCUUAUUUCUCAAUGCUGCUAAGCUCUGCGGCAUCUCCUGCCCCCAAAUAUACACAUCAGGAGUGAGGCCCUGAUUCACUGAGAAUAACAAAGUUAUUUUAUUUAUUUACUACUCUUUAUAUACCAUAUUUCCUCCAAGGUGGCAAACAUAGUUCUCCCCUGCCCAUUUCAUCCUCACAACCACCCUGGGACCAGACAAUACGUUUUUAAAAAGAGAGGACCUGGGACACUCAAAGAUGACUUGUUUACCUGGGAUUAACAGUGCCUGGGGUUAGUGGUAAUUUCCCCACUCAAAAAUUGUCUUCUACAAGCUAUUUUUCCAUCAUGGAGAACAGUGAGCUUUCACUAUUUAGUUGGGAAAACAGCAGGAAGGCCAUUUUUAAAGGGAAACUGCCCAGAGGAGAAAAAGUUAAUCAGUUCCUCCUCCUCCUCCUCCCCCCCCCCCAUUCAAUUGCUCUGGGUGGCAACCACCUAUUACUACUAUUCAUGAAAAUAAAAGCAGUAUCAAACUGCAUCUGCUAUAUGGAGUCUACUUUGGUCCUAAGCUCUUGAUCUGAAGGAGUGUGUAUGGGAUCAGUUUGCAGAAUAGCAAUGGGUAAAUGACUAGUGAGAUAAAAUCGAGGAAAGAGAUUGGUUUUGUGUGUUUUUGUAACAAUUCACAGCCCUUAUCACAAUACGCAUUGUGAUAGGCAUUUCCUCUAUCUAGAGCAGGGGUAGUCAACCUUUUUAUACCUACCACCCACUAAUGCAUCUUUCUUGAUGGUAAAAUUUCCUUACCGCCCACCAGUGCUCGAUGGAAGGAGGAUUCAGCUUGUGCCGUAGAACCCCCUACCGCCCAACCUAGAAUCCUGAAACGCCCACUAGGUAGGGACCAGGUUGACAACCCUGGUCUAGAGAUAGGGAACACACUUUCAUUUACUCGUUUUUAGUUGUGGUUCCUACUUUUAAAGAGUUCAAUAUCUAUGCAGAGUUUAUUGUAUGAAAAUUACCAGGUAACAAGUCUUGAUUUUUGUUUUCCCCCCCCUUAAGGCUUCUGAUUAUGAAAUUCGACAGUAUGAACCAGCCAAAUGGGUUUGCACAUCUGUUAAAACUGUGGACUGGGAUUCAGCUAUCAAUACUGGUUUUACUAAGCUCUUUAAUUAUAUUAAGGGCAAGAAUGAAAAAGGUAAGGUGUGUUUUGCUCUACUUGUGUUUCCCUUGAAAUCAGCUUCCCUUUGGCGGGAGACAAACACUAAGCACACAUUCUUCAUCUUCUUCUUGAAAAUAUACCUCAGGUGUGUCUUUUUGGUGGGGGAAUGUGAGAAACAGUAAAGGAGAAAAUCCAAAUUUUUAACUAAAAACCCAACAUCCCAAAGGAAUUUUAGUGUUGGAAAGCACAGGUGAUGUCAUCUAGUUCAGCCUUUUUUCAGGUUGAGGUUCUGAUCACUCUGGUGUGGAUGAGAGAUGCUCUUGCUUCCUUCAUACCCCCUGCAAUCUUAGCAAUCUAUUCCUGUUUUAUUCCAUCCUUUCUUUUGUAAUGUUUUGAUAAUGUGUUAAGUGUAGCUAGUAAUAUCUUGCCUCUUGCAGGAGUAAAGAUAGACAUGACAGCUCCAGUGACAUGCUAUGUGCAGCCAGGCGCUGGCCCGUUCUGUGAGUCCACAACAACCGUCUCUUUUUACGUGCCACCUCAACACCAGGCAAAUCCACCUAAGCCAUCAGAGGCAGAUGUCUUCAUUGAAACGAGGCCAGCAAUUACUGUGUUUGUCAGGUAAGCAUGUGUGUCUAUAACCUGCACCAGGUGUGGAGAAGUACAGCUCCCACUUUCCCUAGCCAUUGGCCAUGCUGGCUGAACUGUAACUCCCAUCAACCCAAGACUACCUCCGUGUGGCCAACACCAUUUUUGUAAUUUAUCUUGGAAAAUGUCUGCUAACUUUGACUGCCACCUUGUGGUAACUGUGUCAAGGUUUUAUGUGUUUCAUGAAGGUGCAGAUAUGGGAGGUGGAAGAAACUGGAAAGAAAAACUGCUGAAAUUAGAAGUUUAAUAAACCUUCUUGGAUGCUUUAAUGGGGAAGAUGAGCCAUUUUCCCCAUUAAUAUUUUUGCUACACUUCUUACUGCUUUGUGGAGCUGUAAAAAUCCAAACUGCCCUUCAGGCGAGCCACACAGUCCUGGUGAAAUGUAUUUGUGUAAACAAUAGCUUUCUCCAGUGCCUUCUCAUUUCUUCUUUCCCUUAAAAGUGAGUUCAAAACUGGGGCCUGCAUGUUCUUGCUCACAUAUGUAGUGUCUGUGACAUUAAAAGCUGUUUUAUAUAUACUGACAGGCUCUACAAAAACCUUGGAAAUCGAUGUCUGCAUUAUGAGGAGGCACUGUGAUGGGUGGUUUUGUCUCCACAAAUUCAUAUAUAUAUGAAUGAACUGGUGCCUUCAUGUCGGUGCUCCAUCCUGGCCCAGGUUGCAAAAGAACUGCAGUGAUUUUUUUGAGACACUAGUUAUUAAAAUCAUAACCCGCUGUGUAGACAGCUUCCAUGUAGCUACGCUGGUUCACACAAAUGUUGUGUCCAAGAAAUUACUGCCCAAACUCAAGCUCAGUGGCAUUGUCACAGGAUCUAGCCAUGCAUGUGAAGUGGCUUGUAGAGUUUCCCAUGUUCCCACAAUGCAGGCCAUAUAAGUUACUGCUGUCCCUGCCUGUAGAAGGAGAUUGAGCAGUUGGCACACAGCAGCUUUCAAAAUGUAUAGAGGAGAAUGUUGCAGAGCAAGAAUCUUUGAAUCCCUCUGCAAUGAAAUGAAAAGGAUUCUUGUUUCCUCAACAUAAAUUUAGUUACAUAUAAAUUAAAUCACUGAUUUGGACCAUCGUAGGUAGAAAAAUUUACUAAUACUGGUUUAUGCGUGUUGAUUCCAUGUGGCUUGCCUACAUUUGUCUAUCACGUACACAGGUGUUCUACUUAGAACAUAAAACAGUAGUCUCAACACAUACAGAAUACUUUGUUUUUUUGUUCUCAACAGAUCUUUUGGAGGAUUUGCCAAUGCCAAAAAGAACCAGGAUGAAAUACUGGCACUUGCUGAAAGUCUGAAGCGGGAUGGAAAAACUUUUCAAGAAAAGGUCUAUUAUACUGCUGGCUAUGAUAGUCCAUUUAAAUUGCUGAACAGACACAAUGAAGUCUGGCUUAUCAGGAAAAGCUAAAACCUCAACAAUUCAGAUUAUAGCCUUAAUAACCAUAAGUGUCCUUAACUAAAUAUAUUUCCUAAUAUUUUCCUACUUAGCCCAUUGCCUUAAUAUCUAUCAGUGCCAAUAUAAUACUUGUUUCGCAAUGUUUAUAUAUAACUAUAUAAUAAAACUUCCAAGUGGUUUACAAAAAUGUAAGAUGGCUGUAUAGGUUGCUAUAGUGUGGCUGCAUGUGCAGUCAUGCAUCACAGUGAACAUGUGACCAGCCUGGCUCUUUCUGCAGGCAAUUUCUCUGUCCUUAUAGCUGGCUCAACUCCACUGACGUCAGUAUGGGAACAUUAUAGCUUCUGAACUGCUAUGCAGAUUCCAUAUUCCUAAGGCACGGGUAGGAAACAAGACAUAAGCAGUUCUCAGUUGAUUAGGGUGGCAGAAGGUAGGAAUGCACAGGCCCUGAUCUCUGAUUUUAACUAACGCAUGUUGGGCACAAGAUUCCUGCAUUGCAGAGAAUUGGACUAGAUUACCCUCGUAGUCCCUUCAGUCUCUCCAAUUCUGUGAUUAUAUGUUCCUUUUUACUGCAGCCUUUUAAAAACAGUAGUUAAAGGGCCCAUUUCAAAAGGAAGGAAGCCAGGCCUCUUCAGAUGUCCUGUAAUACAGUUAUGGUCUCAAUGGCCCAAUUACUAGGGCAUUAAGGACCUCCACUGUUGCCCCUUCAGUAAUCAUAUUCUGGGGUAGAAAACUGAUGCUUUAAUGGGGAAAAGGGGCUUACUGUAACCUUUGUAAUAUUUUAAAUAAUAUUUUGUAAUAUUUUUAUCCAUAUUACUUCUCAAAGUUACAGGAAUCAUUUAAAACCUUUACCAUUUUGAUAUCUAAACUGAGACUAAUUUAGAUCACACUGACAUUAGUUUUAAGUUUUUGCCUUUGGGCACUUGAAAGGAGGGGGAAAUGGCCCUCCAACCAAUUAUGUGCCUGCCUUAAUGUUCCUUCUCACAUUAUAGAUACAUCAAGAGAUCUUUCAUAGAAACCUAUGUGCCAUGUUGCCACAGUGAAGAUGCAGCGUAGGCCAGCUGGAGGGUGGUGCUGGAAUAGCCACUUACAUGGGCAUAUUUUCGUGGGGAAGACAACAUGUGGUGCCCGUUCUCCAAUACUUUAUAUUAAAUGGACAAACUGUGUAAUUUCCAGCAGAUUAAAAUAUUCCGUUAUUAGGCUUUUGAGGGCUUUUCGCCUUUGGAAUUUUGUAAGGUGCUAUAUAAUAAUUUUUAAGUUGUAUAAAGUGUGACUUUUGUAAAACCAAAAUGUUAAAUCAAAUAAUUGACACUGAAAACUUCUGACGCUGAUGUUGCCAAACUGUAGUGCUGCUCCUAGCAAAUAGAUCACACACGUGAAGACGUAUCAAAAAUAAUAUGAAGGGGUAGUGUUUACUUGCACAUUUAAGUUUUAAGCUCUGAAAUGUCGCUAGCCAGAAAAGCCUUGUGCUUGUAUUGAACACACAGAUGAGCUUGACAGUGGACUUGAAACCUUUUGACAGGCUGUCAAUCUUUAGAAAGAUAUAGCAUCUAUGGGAACGUGUGAAUUAACAGGAAAGGCUGAAUGUUGUUACUUUCCUAUACACUUAGCUUUAAAAAAAUUUUUUGCCAGUUAAUGUAUCUGCUAAUGCGAGAUGCUAAUAGUCUGUGCAAUCUAUUUACACCAGCAGCUGUGACAGAUGAAUGGAAAACACAAUGGAUGUUUUCUUAGCACCUGCUCUAACAGAAACCAGCAGCUUUGUUCAGCUGCAGAGAGAAAUGCUACAAAGCUGCCUAUUUCAGUGGUAAUUAUAUAAAUAAUGUGUCCCAUUGUCGCCAAUAAAAUUUGUCAUUAAUAAAUACAACUAAUUUUUAAAAAAAUAGUUUCCUUUGUUUUGAGGAUAUCAUAAUGGUGUAUUUUUCCAGCAUCCAUAAACAUGAGGCUUUGGGAAGCAAAAAGUGUUCAUUUAUCAAUUCCCCCUUACUUUGUAACAAUUUACAUGUUUUAGAAUGUAGAGGACACAACAUGAGUUGGAGGAGAGAAGAGGGGCGACUGUGUAGUUCCCUGAAAACAACCAUUAGACACACUUAGAGCUGGAUUCAACAAAUGCAGCACACUAGGAGAAGCCCCUGCUAGCUCAAUGGGGUCGUCCUCAUUCCCCCAUGCCUCCCCCAAUCCACUCUGGAGGAUCAGCAGAACCCCCAGAGGAGUAUAUGGGGUGCGAAGAUGGGGGCAGGAUCCUCCUGUCUGGCAAAUAGAAAUGCUUGUGUUGAUGGAACGAUGAGAAGAGUAUGACGUUGAAUUCCUCCCUGAGCAAGGAGAGCAGAAAAAACGUAUUGCUGUGCAGCUUAGGAAGCAGAGGCUCAGUUAUGGAACUAGAUAGGGCAUGAUCCACGAAAUCUAAUAGCUGUGAUCCAGUGGCCUCAGUUUACACACAGGGAAAUACCAUUCCUUUUUGAGAGAGUCUAACUUUUGGCACACCUAAUGAGAAAUCACCAUAUUUGCACAAAGAGCUUCUCUUGAAUAGAAAACUAUGUUAGGGGCUUUGGAUUUUGACCAGCAGGCUCAAUCCCAUCUAUGCCUCCUUGUGGUUGAUCAAUUCUUACCCCCUUUAGUAAGACCAUAAGCAUGUGUUCCGACCUACCUAUUCCUCAUGUUCAAGCCUGCCACAAACCCUUGCUCUGGCAGGCUAGCGUUCAGUAUAACAGCACCCCCAGAUUUUCAAGUGUUGCAUUAUUAACUCUAGCCACAAGAUGACAAAUGGCAGCCUUGUUUAUUGAUGCAGUCACAGGAUUGUCCCCAUCCCCUCCUCGAGUUGAGUGAAGGCCACUAAAAUUUAUAGAACUAACAAAGAACAGAGAUGGAGAGAAAAAGAGCCAAGUGUUUUUCAUCAAAAUAAAUUAUCUACAUAGAGGAGGGUUGUUUUUUUCUUUAAAAAAUGUAAAAAUGUAAAAAGUCCAACACUGGUAGGGCAAAGGCUACCUCAAGAACUUGUAUUAUGUACAAACAUUAUAAAAACAGAAGACUAGCAACUUAUUCAAAAUUCAUUUUCCAAAAAACCCAACAAUCCUGUGAUCAAAAUCACAGCUGAUAUUUUAGCUAUCAGUUAUAUUCUUUACAAAUAAGAAAGUUAUAUAUAUAUAUCUCUAUAUAUUUAAACACACUGGUAAAGACUCAAUAAAAUUAAGCAAAGUCUCCUAAAUUGUUAAGUUUAUUUUCCCAUAUCAAGGAGAUGCUGACUGUAGACAAAAAAGUAAAACUAAUUGUAGUGUAUUCUUUGGUAACCAAAAGUUAGCAAGUGUUUCAAUAUUCCAAGUGAUAUGUUGCUUAAAACUUUCCCAUUUUGACAAAUAUAAGAAAAACUGGUAAUUCCCAGUUUAAUUGAAAAGAAAAGGGUACCAUUUGCAGUUAUAUACUAUAAGCUCUCAAAUCGAGAAGUUAAUGGCCAUUUGCUUAUUAUUAUUAUUAUGCAGCACCCCAUCCCAGAUUUACCUACAUCUUCUUUACAAAUCGGUAGCCAUUUAUUUUAGGUCUUCUAUAGGACAUCAUAACUUCCAUUCAAAGAAACAAAUUCACCUAUGAGGUUUUUUUUCUUAAGAACCCAAUAGAUGGACUGUAAUAUACCCACACAGCAGUCACUUCUGUAUUACAAUAGUGCUUCUUUCCUAUUGCGUUUUUUAAAAAACAGUAAUUCAGAAUCUGGUCAGCCUGUUUGUUAUGCUAUCAUGACAUGGUUAGACCAGCAGAGGACCCCCUACACAAACUAGAAGAAACAGUGGGACAACAGCCAACACGGCUAACUACUAGGCCACAUAUUCUAUCGUUCCCUGCUCAAAAGAGAUUACUAGGUUUCAUAAAUAUAACACUUUGAAAGCUGCUGCCACCCUGUACCACAGAAGCUCCCCAUUUUCUCUGUAGGCUUACUUUAAUUUUCUACACUCUUAAAAAAAAAAAAAUCACACACAACCCAGAAUCUGAAAAUAUUAGUUUCUGUUUUUUUCUAAAGGAUUUUAAUGCUUUAAUGGACUGAUCUGACUUAGUUCCAGUUAAACUAAAAGUCACAUCCAUUUAAACUAAAAAUCGCAUCCCUUCGAGCCACAUAGAGGUAUCAGUACUGUAGCAUCAAUUACCACAUUCUAAAUACUUGGCGAAGUAAAUUGUACUGAUUAGGGCUUCCUGCUAAGUCUGGAUCAUUUUGUAUACCUUAUGAAACCUGUGACAUCAUAGUGCCUUCUUAAUCCUCACCCUUUUUUCAGUUGUUGGCAUACAUAUUUCAUUAAAAUAAUUUUGUAUCAACCAGUUAUCAAGUCUGGGCGAGUUGUACUGUUCUCACUGGAGCCCACAUCUUCAUUAAUGUCCAUUUCAUCACUGUCAAACACAUCAAAUUGUUCCUCAUCUAAAGACCUACAAGUUCUGCUUUCUGCAGGUUCAAAUGGUUCCACAUCUCCCUCGCUGAUAACAGUCAUAGGGCUACUCUGGAUCCUGUUUCGAACAUUGUAUUUGCUACUUGCAGCAGAUGGUGGGGUUCGAGACCUGCCGUACCUGGCGCUGGAAAAGGACAGACUUCUUGGCAUCAGGCCUUCGCUCUUGGCCCAUUCUUCCUGGGCCCGUCUGCUCUUGGUAGGAGAACAACUUGUGCUACUGUCAGUGGGCUCCCAGGAAGAAUCUGCCUUGGCUCUUUGAAACCUUGGGUCUGUGUUUUUUAGCAUCUCUGCUGCUGACAUGCGAGAACUGGUAUCUGAACGGCUCCCUUUUUUAAGCAGUAGUGCCUUGAAGUUGUCAUUGCUGGUGCUACUUUUGCGAAUAUUUCUUUGAAUUGAUCCUGCCUGUUUAAGGGAAGCCAGAUUUGGAGAAGCACCAGUGGGUGUAACAGGGGGUGAUGGUGAAUGAUUUCGGGUAUGAUCAUCCUCAGAGUCUUUGCGGCCAAGGACUUUCCUUUUGGAUCUAUGAUUUUAAUGUAGAAGAAAAACAUAAAAUCAGUAUUAGCCUCUCACUUCAAUGCUUUUCCUAUUUCACAUAUGAAUAUUGUAACAAGCAAGCAGAUGAAUAUAAGCUAUUACAGAAAUGAGUAGGAAGAUACUGGAAACAGGAAUGGUGACAUUCUGAUAACAGGAAUCUUGUUCUGAACUAUAUUCUCCAGUACAGAACUGAAUUAAUCCAAUUUACUUGCAAGUUACAAUAUUUCUUUUCUCAUUAAAAUUUUGCAAAGCAAAUAUUUGAAUCUUGCCAAAUUGUAUUUUCUUAAUUAAAACAGCUUUCCAAUAUAGUAGCGUCCUCCAAAUUAAUAUAUUCUAGCUACACUUGUCAAGGUGUUCCAAAUGAAAUUGCCAAAGGGCAUGAAAUUAAUGAAGCCUAAAUGAAAUCCACAUGCUCUGUGGGGAGCUAGGAACAUAAGAAGCAUUUUACUGUAUCAAAAGUAAUUAGCACAUAGGACAUACUAUGAAGCUUCAUCUAAAAGCAGUUGCAUUGACCUGCAAAGAAGGGAAAGGACAUCCCUUAAAAACAACAAAUUAAUUUGUAUACAGGGGAAAUCAGAAAGUGUAUAGGAUAAAACAAGGAGUUGUUAAGUGAUUAACAAAGAUGGUAAAGUACAUGUAGUAUUCCUUUCAAGUUAACACCAAUCAUAUAUUAAUGCCGCCCAAACACUCCCAACACAUUUAAAAAUGGUACUGAUAACAAAAUAAUAUCACUUUUGAAGAAAGCCUUAUGCAGAUUCACAGUUCAGAAGAAAAGACUGAGCAGUAUGUUCACUUGUCAGUCUCUGGGAAGAAACCUCAACCCAAGAGUCUUGGACUCUACUCUUGUGUGCCCCUUUGCCUAUCCAGAGGGAGAACAUAAAUGGGCUGGACUGUUCUAUAUUUAUUUAAAUGCUAUAUAUGUAACUGACUAUGCAGUAAGUUUUUUUUAAAAGGGGGGGUUGCAGAGAUACUGCAUACAAACAAAUACUGGAAAGUGGGUAAAAUAAACAUGCCUAAACUAUUUGAUGAUACACAUAGAUAUGCGUGCCUAUACUGAAAAUGAGUUUCCAGUAAAGUCUAGCAUAGCAGUAGCCAAAAUGCCCUCCAGAUGUUGGAAUCCAAUUCCCAUUAUCCCUUAUCAUUGGCCAUGUUGGAUGGGGGAUGCUAUGUUCAUUACCCCUGGUUGGGGUACCGAUAAAAUCAUUUUCAAACUGAAAAUGGCCAAGCCAAAGCUGGGAUUUCAAGAAAAAUUAGGGGAAGGGAAGGACCACCUUCUCCAUGUUUAUUUCAGUUCACUGAGAAUGAGAUCAGCUUGUUGGUUUAAGAUCACAAAAGGACUACAGCUCAGUGGUAGAGCAUUUGCUUUGCAUGCAGAAUGUUCCAGGUGCAAAUGUUGGCAUCUCCAGCUAGGCCUGAGAAGGACUCCUUACUGGAACCCUGGAGAGCCACUGCCAAAGUAGACAACACAGAGCUAGAUGGAACAAAUAUCUGACUCUGUGUGAAGCGGCUUCCUAUGUUCCCAAAAUGCAGAAGAAAAACGAGAGCUAUACGAAUGUGGACUAGCAGAUAAAUUUGAAAAUUUUGGGGUCAGCAGAAGAUAUCUAGUACUAUGUAACUAGUAAAAACAUGUUUUCAGGACUUAUUCUUAUGUACAUUUCACACAAAAUACACAGUUUGUAUAAUUGUGCAAUACAGACCAAGCCCCUUGCGAAAAACAAAGAACACCAUCCAUAGAAAAUUAGAUGUCCUUAAACACAAUUGAAAACUAUGGGACAUAACUAGAUUAUAAAAUUAUGCCCACAUUAUUUUAUUCUAUGAUUCUCUCCAGUCAUAAUUGGAAGUUUCAUACGACAUUCACAGCUGAAGUUUGCACUGUGACACACAAUAGCAUGAAAAGUAAACACCAACUUGGGGUGUUAUCAGUUAAUGCAUGUCAGUAUCCAUGGGAUGUAUCCUCACUCAGUAUCUAAUUUGAAAGUGGCUGUGCAAUCACAUCUCAGGUGUUUCCAGAGGAUGUUUGCCAGUUUUGUAGUCAACAUGCUCAGGGCUUAUUUGUUCUUUUACAAGGAAGACUGGGGAGGAAAGGUGAGAGAAGAAUGUAAACACUCUUCCCCUACUCACAAAUGCAAUCUGUGUGUCACAUAUACACACUGUUCUUUUCCCACACAAAGAUGAAUGUUUCUGUGUAUAAUUGAAUCCAAGAGUUAUUUAGGUGUAUCCAUGGACUUGCUAUGUGUGGAGGGAAUUGUAUCUUUUCUCUAAAUAUAGCAGACUCCUGUGCCAUAUUGCAAUUCACUUCCUUUCAGUGCCUUUUGGAACUAGUUGAGUGGUGUCUUCAGUCUUGGCUUAUAUAUGUUUAGUAAUGGGAAAUAUGUAGGGUAGUGGGAAACACGUUACUCUGAAAUGCACAAUUGUUUGCCAUGAAAGGAUAUCAUCCUAGAAGCAAAACUUUUCUACCCUGCAAUAUUUAACACAACAAUAUAUAAACUGUACAAUAUAUAAACAUGAUCCAAAGUUCCCAACACAGAACAUUCCUCUACUCACAUAACAUAAUGAGAACGUAUUUGUGCCACUUUCAAUUACACUCCCCAAAGAUGUUCCAAUUCCGUAGGGGGGGGAAAUCACCACAAGGUGGCACCAGUAACACACAUUAGAUAUUCUAAGUCAAGAUAAGUCACUUUCUUUUUAGGGCAUUUCCUGUCUGCCCCCUUUAGCUAAAGGUAUCUUAAAGUUUUUUAAAAAAUGGGUUGCAUUCUGAAGAUCUGUAAUCAAAGAUACUGUCUAAAGAACUAUAAUUAUUUGUAGAGAAUCAUUUGCAUUUAUUUAGCCCUGUGAAAUAUGUAAUAUUUGCUCAUCCGUUGAACUUCCUUCCUUCCUUUAAUCAGGAGAGAAUGAUUGGGGUUAGUCUGUAUUGCACAUUUGAAAUGACAGAUCCGUGUGUCACAGAAAUAGCUCAUCUUCAACUGGAUUAUGGCAAUCUAUAAUCCAGCUACUGUCAUAUGUUUUGCCAUAUGACGGAUAGAUCAUGUUUACUUGCCAGUUUAAGCCAAGCUUGCCAUGAAGUAUUAGAGUUGAGCCUCUGUCCCAAACUGCACCAUAUAAUCAGCAGAGAAGAGGGGGGGAAAGAAUGGAGGGUAGAGGAAAUGAAAACAAAAAGAUACACAAAGAAAGCAAUAGUAUAUGUUAAAUUGCAGAUUUGAGAGAAACAGUACAAUACAAACAAGGGAUCACUUGACAUUCACAGAAGGGCCAGAGGCUGACAAUUUUACCAAACUUGAUUUUGCUGCCAGCAAAGUUUAGUUUCAGAAUUAGUUGAUUGCAAAGCAAUGAAAGGUGCAUAUAUGAAUAAUCUAUUUUAACUACGUAUUACCAGAAACUAAAGUGAAUUUCUUUGAAAAAUAAAAUAAUAAUCGUUAGCAUUACAUAUUAUGUAAGAUAUAUUUAAAACUCUUAAGGGACAAUGGAUAAAGCAACACAAAUAAGGGAAUUCAACAAUACCUGUGAAUGGCUGCAAACAGAUCCUCAGUAGUCCUUGGUCUGGCUGGCACUGCCAGCACCUCACUCUCUUCUCCAUAACCAGGGCUUUGCAGUAAAAAGCUGCUUGCUGCAUCUGAUUCAAACCCCUCAGCUAAAAUGCAAUAAGUAAGAAAAUUAUGUGGGAUUAUAAACUCGCAAUAUCUGAAGAGUUAAGUAGCCAACAGGGCAAUAAAGUCUGUAAAUUUCCCUAAAAAUACACAACACAGCCAUGCUUCUGCCUUUUUACUGAC